UAACAUCCAUUACACCCAAAACUAAGGCAGCAAUUUCUGGGUAAAACCUUCUGAGCAAAAUGUGGGGACAGCCAUCAUACAUUUGAAAGUAUAUAAACAACUCAUAGCGUGUCGAUCAUCAUUUUGUUUUUGGUGCAGAAGAUGCUAUUGAAAGCGCUUAUUUGUUUUUGUGCAUUAUGGUCCGUGGCCUCUGCCCGACCUAAGGCCCAAUAUUCAAAUGAUGGACAAUAUGACAACGGAAACCAAUAUGACAAUGGAAACCAAUAUGACAAUGGAAACCAGUAUGACAACAACAAUGGAUUCGCUCCCAGUGCUGGUGGACAUAAUCAAGCAUACCAAGACUCAAGAAGUGCCGUAAUAACGAGAUAUGAUUCUGACAAUGAUGGAGCUGGUACAUACAACUAUAACAUCACCCAGAGUGACGGCAUCUACAACGAACAAUACGGCACAAUAGAAAACGAAGGGACCGAGGAUGAAUCUUCAAGAGUAUACGGUUAUUACGCAUACCCUGGUCCAAAUGGAGAAUUUUACUAUGUUGAAUAUGUAGCAGACAAAGAUGGGUUCAAGCCUGCCGGAAAGCACAUACCUCAAUCUGCUGGUGUUGGUAGAGUUGGCCAGCUCGGCAUUCCUUCGGCAGCCAUUGCCUCUCUCGCUGGUGGCGGAUUGGGCUAAUUUUAAUAUAGCUAGAUCUUUAUUUAAGAAUUAUAAUAAGAGCCACUUAAAAGUAUUUAGAUGUCUUAAUAUAUUUAAGUGUUCACUAACCUAUUUUGAAAUUGCUAUAUGAUCUAUUUCUUCAAAUUUUGAAUUUGCAGUAGCUGUAUAUAAAGAUGGUAUACCCAUAGAGUAGGUGAUCCUCCUAAAGUUUUCUUCAGCUUGAAUUAGUUAGGACUUGAUCAUUUUUUCAAUGGGUAAUUGUUCAAUUUUUUGCGUAACUUUAAUUGAACUUAAAGUGAAAGAGUAUGAGUAUGUAAGAAAUGUAUUAAAUAUUAGUGUGUUUGAAAUUAGAUAUAUUCAAUUGAUAAAGCAUUACUUUAAUUUAGACUAAGUCAGCUAAGAGCUUUGAUAUCAAACGGAUUACAUUCAUAUUUUAUUAAAUGUACUCAAUGCUCUGUUUUUUGUUUUUUUUACCACUAAUAUAGUAAAAGUUACUUGAUUUUAAAGAAAAAAAAGUCAAGAGAUAAUGAUAUAUUGUACGAUUUAUUGAUAAUAUGACGAAUACAAGAAAUUUUGGACAAUUAACAGAAUAUUCUCAGGUAUUUAAAGUAACAUAUUACUUUAUGUUCUUGAUAAAUGGAGAACAAAAAGUGGACAAAGGCAAAAAUAAAUCCAAAAAAUGGGUAAUGUGUAUAUGCAAUUUCAAAAAUUACAAACCAGAUUUUAAAGUUAACGAUACCUUUUUAAAUAUUUGUGAUACCUAUGUAACAGUUUAUUAAUAAAUAAUAGUGGCAUAACUAGGAAGGAAAUCAAAUAAAUAUAGUGGCUCUGCCGUAUUUAAUUUUGUACAUAUUUAUUUUAAGUAUUUUAAUGUAAUUUUAAUCAAAUACAAUUGUUAUUUAAUACACUGAAAA